AUGGUCUCCGAUGGUUGUGCGGUUUGUGGAGAUCGAGUGAAUGGAGCGAGAUAUGGAGCGCCUGCGUGUCUCGGAUGUAUCGUGUUUUUUCGCCGAGCUGUCAUCAAAGAGGCAAAAUAUCGAUGUAUGAAAGGACAAAACUGUGAAAUCACUUUUUCAUCUCGAUGCAUUUGUCGGUGUUGCCGUUUGUCGAAAUGUCUCCACGUUGGGAUGAGACCGGAUGCAAUUCAACGCCGCGAUGUGAUGGGUCCGCGAAAACCGAAAGAGAAAAAAAAGAGAGGGUGGAGAUGGGGAAAUCCGGGAAUUGUUCCACAGACCAUCAACAUCGACAUCACAGACGGCAAUGAGUGGAAGGAAUUCACCUCCAAAGCCGGAAUGCUUAUCUGUUGCCAAGAGCCGCUCACAAGGCUCACUUUUGCUGCCUAUGAUGCGGGAAUUGAUGGGAAAGAUGAGCUCUUUGAUCAAGUUGAAAUUCGGUUACAUCCUGGUGGAUCGGGGCCACGGCGAGCUAGACGACACGAUGUGAAUGCAAUGUUGAGAUGCGGAUUGAUGGAUGCGGCCGAAUGGGGACAAGCGUUUAAAGAAUUCGCUUCACUUAACACACAGUCAAAGCGCCUCAUCCUACAAGAUUUUGGUUUCGCGAUGAUGCUCAUUGAUCAAGGAUAUCAAACGAUUCAACAAGAUGAUCUCGAGCUCUGGAUUCUCCAAAAUGGCACUUAUAUGUGCCCAGAUUACACCCGCGGUUUACCCACACACGAACUACCCCUUGUUGAUAAGGAUAAAGCAAAACUACACCCGUGUUUUGUCGCCGAGGCUAUCAAAGAUGUUGGUCGACCGAUGCGUGCCUUGAAAGUUGAUGAGUACGAGUGUGCUGUGCUCAAAUCAAUCAUUCUUCUAUCAUAUCGUAACCAUUUCACGGAAAAACAUCGGAAAUCAGCAUUCAGUCUUCAAACGAAACUCAUCAACGAAUUAAUGGAUUACAGUAAAGCAAAAGAGGGAGACAAAGCGGCAGAGAGAUUGGGAGCAAUUCUGCUCUUGACAACGAAUAUCCGGUGCAGUGUUUAUUGGGCCUAUACGCACACUCGAAUGCACGAUGUUUUCGGGAUGAUGAUGUUCGAUCCACUCGUUCGCGAUGUUUUCCUCACA